UCAGAGAUCUAAAACCCGCGGAGGUGAAGAGUGAGUGAGUCCGCCUAGUGUUCCACCAAGACCAAGCAAGCAACAGUCGCCCUCUUCGUCGUCCUAACACCACGCGAACUUAAUUUUCACGGCUUUUCCUCCCCAUUUUUAUUGUACCUUGUUUUCGGUGUUUUUUCCGUUUUUGGGCGGAAAGCCAAAAUACGGCGUUGAAGCCGCCGACGCCGAGGAGUUUACGUCGGGCACCGGGAGAAGCAGCUGCGUGAGGCGGCGCCCACGAAGAGUAAGCUAACCCACCGGGCGAGUUCGAAACUCACUCGACAGCACCAUUCUGUCACUCCUGAACCCCUGUUGGCCGCUUUGGUCCCACUGGGCGGAGCCAAGUAUGGGGUAAGCAAGCCUGGGCGACAUUACAACAAGACCAGGGCCUGCUCGGCAGCACAGGUCAGGACACUGUCAUGGCGCUGCUGCGGGUGAGACUGAAAGUUUUGGUGACUGUGACGAUGGUCAACGUCUUCCUCUUCCUCCUCAUUGCAAGACACAGUGGACGAGACAAGGGCUACCUGGAUAAAGUGCGGAUACCCUCCAAGCCCUUCUGGAACAAGAUAACACCCAGUUCAGGCUACUGGAACCGCCAGCAGCAGGUUCUGGACUUCCAAAACAACCCUUUUUUUGCCAAUCACACUGUCGGUGACUUGCCCGAUUGGCUCAACGUAACCCACGUGUCUUUUAAUGCCUGCCGGAUUGACACCAGGGUAACCGCUCAGGUGAAAGACUACAGUUCCCUACCCUUGCGAUUCAAAGACUUCCUACUCUACAUGCACUGCCGUUAUUACCCGAUCCUGGUAGACCAACCAGACAUCUGCCGAGAUCCGCCUUUCCUACUGCUCGCCGUCAAGUCGGUGGCAUCUCAUUUCGACAGGCGCCAGGCCAUCCGCCAGACGUGGGGCCAGGCGGGCCUUGUCGCCAACCGGACCGUGGUGACCAUCUUCCUCCUGGGUAAGACCUCGACGAGUGAUCACCAUCCGGAUCUCUCGGCGAUGCUGAGCUACGAGAGCGAGCGGCACAGGGACAUUAUCCAGUGGGACUACCGGGACUCCUUCUUUAACCUGACUGUCAAGGAGGUCCUUUUCCUGGACUGGAUCCAGACGCGUUGCCCCGGCGCCAGCUUCAUCUUCAAAGGCGACGAUGACGUCUUCGUCAACACUUUUGCUAUCCUGAAAUUCCUGGCCGGGCUGUCGCCGACCAAAGCCGACGAGCUCUUUGUGGGCGACGUCAUUACCAAUGCGGGGCCGCACCGGGACAAGAAGGUCAAGUACUUCAUCCCUGAGAGCGUGUUCAUUGGCUCAUACCCGCCGUACGCCGGCGGCGGCGGCUACCUGUUCUCGGCCAGCGUGGCCGCCCGUCUUCAUGUCGCUUCGCGCCGGGUGGUGCUUUACCCAAUCGAUGACGUCUAUACAGGCAUGUGUCUGUUGAAGGCGGGGCUGGGCCCCGAGAUGCACAAGGGCUUCAAGACUUUUAACAUUGAGGAGAAGUACCGUUCCAACCCAUGCGUCUACAAAGGUCUGAUUCUGGUUCACCCGCGAACACCGCAGGAGAUGAUCCAGAUUUGGUCUUGGCUUAACCAGCCAGACCUCAACUGUCAGUAGGCUAGGAUCUACCCAAACGAAAAUGUCAGACCAUUAGGAGGUGACUUGGAAGUUGCCAAUUUGUUGUUGUUUUGCUUGGAGCUUUUCGGGAACAGUUUGUGCCAUUUGGGAUUAGGCAGCCAUUUUACAAUAAGAGUACACCUUCAAGUGAGUUUAUUUUUUUCUUUCUUUUCUUUUUUAAUCGUGAUUGCAACAUUGUCCCCUUUUAAUUCUAUAUUAAAGUUGAGAUUUUUUUUACAUAAGGCUUUAUCUUCGAGUUAGCGGGGGUUUAAAUAGUCGGUGGAGUUCAACAAAUUCCAUGUAGUUUGCGAGUUAUUAUUUUCAAGGCUCCUGAGUGGCAAAACUAGCGUGCGUCAAUGGUCGCAUCCUAGCAUGCCAAUAAAAAAACAAUAUUAACAGAUCUAACAUUAGGGGUGUGCCAUCUUAGACACCCCCCGAUUCGAUUCGAUGACUAUUCAGGGUGCUACGAUCAGAUUGUUGAACUAUGAUCGCGGUAUUGACGAUAAUCGCGGUUAUCGCGACUAUCACGAUUAUCGAUACAUCAUGCAUUACUACUUAAUACAGUAGCCAAACAAAUGUAUGUCCAUUAUUUAUUUAAAUUAUCCUAAUGAUUCAACAGGAACGAUGGAAACAUGCCCAUACAACAAAAAGCUGCCCUUAAGCUGCUUUAUUUAUUUAUUGAUUGAUUAAUUUUAAAAGAAAGUGCAAAUACAUUAACCAUUUUAAAGGGAGUACUUAUUUCUCUCAACAAUACAAUGAAAUUGACACUUGUGGAAUGAAUUCCACAUUUAUUGGAAACAAAGUGUCGUUAGAAAUAAGACUUCUUUAAACCAAUAUACUUUUUUCACAGAAUUCUGUACUAUUUCACAUGUUUGUAGUGUUACUGCUGUAAUUAAUUGGGCUUUUACAUGUUCUGCAUAUGAAAUACAUGUUAGCGAAUUAGCUAAUUAGCUUAGCGCUCGGCGCUAACUAUUAACAUGUCAAAAACAGCAACAAUAAAGGCUUAAACAGUACAAGGGGUUCGUGUACUCACCUCUUACAAACGCAGAGGGGUCUUAGCAACACACUCAGGACAUUUUUCAAUUGAAAUGCCUUAAAAGUACUGCUGGACAUCUAAAUGACAAGGGGCAACAAACUCUCUCUUCCCCUCUUGCGCCAAAAAAAUAACUUGGGCACAAAAGCGCGACCACCGGGUCUUGCUUCUGUUCCUGUCUGUCUAAUACACAAAUUUAUUUUCCAGUCUUUUAAAAAGGAGUAAAUCUCUCUCUCAGUAACCAGCAGCAUCCAUCAUAACAUUGUGGGGUGGCGUGGCUCAGUGGUGGAGUAGUUGUCCCCCAAGCAGAGGCUGUUGGUUCGAUUCUUCGCCCUGACAAACUCGUCUAAGUAUCCUUGAGGAAGAUACUGAACCCCACGUUGCUCCUGGUGCUGCGUCACCAGUAGGUGAAUGGCGAGAUAGUGUAAAGCGCUUUGAGCGCCUUGAAAGUUGGAAAAGCAUAAGUGUAACACCAUUUACCAUAACGUGUGCGCGCCUGUUAACGGUGCCCGGUGGCAGACGGGUCUUGAAUUUCGUUCUGCUACGAGCGGCUGCCAUAAAGUUAUGAGGGAAAAACAUUUUGUUUUUGAACCUUUAUGAAUCGUAAUCGAAUCGUCAUGUGUCGAAUCGCGACGCAUGUAAUCUUUUUUUUUUUUGGAACUACUCUAUUUAACAUAGUCAAAUAAAUUCAAAAUGCAGAUCGUCGUUCUAAAUACCAGUGCGGGCAAAACAAUGUCACGCCAAACUGCCGUAAUUAAUUUAUUUCUGCGGAACUUUUUUUUUUUUCAGAUGCGCAAUAAGACCACAAUAGAGAAGAGUGCUUCAGCCACUCAUGCUAUGCUGCAUUUGAAGAAGGUGGGAAGUAGGACUUAUCCCACUCGGAUGGUACCAGUUGCAAGCUCAAAGCAUUCCAAGCGUUUAUUUUGGCGAUCGAAAGACAUGUUGACCUCCAGCAAACCUACCUUCUUGUAAGCGAUCAAAUAGUGGAGGAAAAAUGACGGCUAAGGUAAAUAGACCAAACUGUUAACUGCCUUCUUUAGUUUUAUGAUUGACGGUCUGAUUUUCGGAUGGGCAGCACAUUCUGUCACAGUUCGAGUGGCGUUCCAAUGAUAUUUUUCCUGGUCGGAAGUUUGUCUCUUGACUUCCCACCUUCCUGGAAUGCAGCAUCAGUCCACAGAAUCUUGACUAAAGAACGGCAACAUAGUGAAACGUGCAUUUAGAGGCUGUGGAAACAAACAGAAGAAAUGGGCAAAUGAGAGUUUCCACAAAUUCCCUAUGAAGAACGAAGAACAAUACAAACUGGAUACUUGCUGCUGGCUACGACAUAAAAUAUCACUCGACUCUGCAGCCUGUUACCUGCGGAGCUGCUUGAUUACAAAUAUUGCUCUUCAUACUACAGUUAUUGACAUGCGUCAUAAGUUUAAAUAACAUCAUCCUGAAAACAUAGCCAACACUAUUGAUUGCAUGAGUCAUCAGUGAUUUUCAUGCGUGUUGUUGUAGAGCUGCAUUUAUCGAUUAUUUUAGCAGUCGAUUAAUCAACAAGUUAGUUCGAAUAGAGUAAUCAGAUCAGGUAGAUUUAAUGCGUUAUAAUAUUUUAGGGGUGUAAAACAAAGGCUUGUUAAGAUUGCGUUUUUAAAACACCACUAAUUGCGAAUACAAAAUAAAAUUCCUGAGUGGUUCUGCAAACUAAGCCGAUUUGCGUUUGUAAUUAAAAAUAAAUUGAAAUACCUGAGAUUAGCCUUGAAUUGUGUAAAAAUAAGUAAAUGAGGAUCUAAGUACAGCAAAAGAACAAUUGGCUAACUUGCAUAGCAAAAGUCUGCUAGCUUAAAUGCUAUAAAAUGCUUUUUUAUUUAACAUAUAUUUCCACAAAAAACUGCUAAAUAUACCUAUAAACUAAAUUACAAAUGCAUAAAAAAAAUUUAAUCGUAACAGGGAGCAGCUGGAUUCGGUUAUGCUAGAUAUUCACGGUUCGCCGAUAUAUUCACUGUUGCCACUGGAGGGCAGUGUAUCCACCCAAAUCAGCAAAACUAAAUGCAAACAAUUUCGUCAUUACAACGCCACUCUAAUUAAACAAUUACUCGAAGCAGCAAAAUUUGAUUAGAAGCUUUUUUCUAAUCGAAUUACUCGUUGCAGCACAAUUUAAAAAAAAAAAUUUUUUCUUAAUCAUUAUUGGCAUGCUAGCAAGCCCAUAACUCGCGCUAGCUUAACCACUCCGGAACCCUGAAACUAGUAACUAACAGGGGGGAAUUUGUUCAAAUCAACUCCACCGACUAAUUCAACCCUCGCUAACUCGAAGAUUAAGCCUAAUGUCAAAAAUUCUGAACUUAAACCCCAACCCUAAAAACGGGUAGGUGAUAUGAAAAAAAAAAAAAAAAAAAUUCCCACCAACAUCAAAUCCCCUUUUAUCAUAUUUAGCACAUUUGAUGUGCCCACUAAUGAAAUCAUACCACAGGAUUUAUAUCAACUAAUAACGGGCUCUUAAUCCUUUAAUUGGUGAAAAACAAUUUGAUGGCCCCUUGUUGUAAAGUGUUUAUUAUUUUUAACUUGAUCUACACACAUUGCUGUUCAAAGAGCUUGAACCAAAAGUGCGUUUGUGCCUUGGGCACACAUAUUUAUACCGCUGUACCUAUUUAUAACGCUUUAACACUGUCUGCUCUACACCAGGGGAUCCAAAAUGCUGUAUUAAUGUCGGACUUUACCUGAGAACUGUACACUCUGAACACCGGUGUCGUCAUUCGUGAUCAUUUUUUUGCCAGCGCCUCCCAGGCAAAAGGAUGAGUCAUCAAUUGCUGUGAAUGGCAGCUAAAGAGUUAACUCGUCACUGCUUUCAAAAAAUGUUUUGUCGGUGUUCGUGAUGCUUUUAAUGUUUUCAGAAACGAAGAUAUAUGUACCUGUUGGGGUGUCAAUACUCACACAAUAUAUAUGGCGGAAAACACUCAGGUGACUUGAAGUUCUGCUCUGAGACCCCCAAUUUGGCCAAAUUUCAAAAUUGUCCUAUAUGCAUGUGGGAUACAUCAUUGGAAAGCGUUAAAUCUCAAUUUUGGGUGGAUUUUAUGGGUGAAACAUGGCAAUAUAACAAGGGUCGCGAUGCAGACAACAAGAAGUGGUUGAGAUUUUCUUUUGAAUAUAUUUACCCUUACCAAUUUUUCUUUGUUUAGAUCGAUUAUUUAUUAUCUAACAUCGGAGAAAAUGCGACAGUAACAAAAAAAAAUACAACUAAGCGAUAGUUAUGAGAGAGAUAUCGGUGACUUUUUUUACAGACGCCAUUUUUUUUCAUUGUGACAUGUUUAAAAGUUUAAAAUGUGAAUAAUUUUUUUUUUAAACGAAAUAUUAGACAUCAAUUAAUAAUUCUAAGCUAAAAAUGACUGACAUUUUGAAUAAUAAAUAUAAUUAGCUUCUCUUUAUGGCUAGAUUGAAACAAAAGUGGUUGCGCGAUGUCUGUAAACGGGGGUUUCCCGGGUAAAACAGACAAAUUAAAAAUAGUUCGGAGGCUUAGUGCGCCAUGAAUCUGCUAUGGCAGCAUAUAGACAUAUUGUUCUAUCAAACACAAGUUCUUUUGGCUUUAAAUACAGCAGUUUAUUUUAAAGAAGGGGUGCAAGAGCAGAAACUGCUUUUUCAGUCUUGUCUGUGCUUUCCGCCAUGUAUAUAUAUAUAUAUA